AUGAUGAUGGAGAGUCAUGAACUGAUGGUUAAAGAACAGGUUAGUAAAUGCAACUUGACCAGCACGCUAUGAGUAGUCGGCACUGAUGUAGGCGGUCGUGACCUUAGAGCUAAGAAAAAAGUGACCUUCCUAUUUCGCUGUUGCAUGCUUUACCAAUUGAGCUACAGAUAACUCUUUGGUAAACAAAUGUAGGCCUUAUACCAGGUUCUCAUGUGACUGAAAACCACGUGGAUCAACGCUAUUGAUAGAGAACUAUGUGUACAUAAAUUUUUUCGAAAGUAACCUAGAUGGCAAUUUUUCAAUGGUCAAACCUAAAAAUGCUCCAUCUCUCUUACUCCAAUGUUGUUGACGUUGAGUACUUAUGCAUGCAAUUUUUUUCUGGAAGUGAAUUUCUGAUGCGGUGAAUGCUGUGGAGUGGUUAAGAUACUUGACAUACGAAGUAUCGAUUGCACAAAGUGUAGCUUCAGGCUUUUAGCGUCCUAAAUAUUUUUUUUUGUGUGUGAAAAACAAAAAUACUGUCAACUCAAAGGGCAGCCCAAAAACAUUAGCUGGAUUAGAUAGUGAAGUGGAUGGCAGGCAAUACUGUACAAAGAAAGUUCUAGGAUGGCUGAGGGUGGCGAAGGUUAAAAUGAAUUCCAAACAAAGAACAGUCUCAGUCUGUCGAGCUAUAAAGUUUGCAAGAUGCAGGGACCUUUGUCAGUAGCAAGCUUUGAAAUGAUCUUUUGACAGGUGGAAGUGAUGAAGAGCAAUGUCGAGUCAAGGGUGCAGGCCUUCCAACAAGAACUGGACAAAUUCAGUGCCCGCUGGCACCAACUGAAACCCCGUGACAUCGAUGAGUACAAGGACAAACAGUCGUGCCUGGCAGCAGUCAAUUCAAUCAACGAGAGAAAGGCAGAGUUUAGUGAACUGGAGGAAACGAUGAAAAAGCUCAUGUAAGGGCACAGAUACAUGUAGUUCAGUAACUUGGAGAUAGCGUAGACAAUGGUAUUCAUAUAGAACUUGAAUCUGUAUUACUUAAAUGAGAUUUUGAUAGAUCGCCCAGGUCACGGUUUUAAACGCGAUUAUGUGGUUUAGAAACCCUUUAAUUCAACUAUGCGCACUUGAAGUCUUCCUUUGAAAAACAAAUCAUGGCAAUCUAUAGGAAGUAAAAGGGUAAAGUUCCUUUAACUCUAAUUCAAAUCCUGAGUCGUGAAAGCGUUGACAAGUAAUUUUUUUAGCCUUAUUUCCCCACCAUUGCUGGUUCGCUCACUAGAUGUACUUUUUUUCGUGGCUUCUUUUGUCGUCGAUUCCCUGCUAGUUACCAACUUUUGAUCGACUUAGUGCAGAGUUGUAAGGUUUGCAAUGAACAAAUGAGAUAACCUUAAUUUUUCAGCUUUGAAUGUCAGCACUUUGGCGUUGCUGAGCCUCAGUUUACGGCAGCAGAAGAACUCAAAGUCGAUAUCUCUCAGCAUGAAGCAAUGUGGGGACUGUAUGAAGAGUUCAGUAACGGAUUGGAGGAGCUGGCUAAGGAAGACUGGAUAUCAUUCAGGUAAAUUAUACUGCUCGUUAACAAGUUAGGCUAUGGUAGGUUGUCGAGAGAUGUUCGGCACAUGAAAUUUGAAGAAAAACUACAACAGUGCGUCGUUAAGUUAUAAGAUAAUGAGGCCGUUCAUGACCUUCAAUGAAGGCGUCUCUAAGAGAGUCGACUGGGAGGUGGCACUUAAUGAAACUAUCCAAAGAACUGAAAAAAGUAAUCGUCCAAAUCAGGUCAGUUGGUGGCUACGAUUUAGUACAAAUCAAUGUUUCGUUGCACAGUGAAACCAAAAAAAAACCUGAAACUAGUAGUUGACAACAUUAAAUAGCAAUGCCAAGACGACGAUUUGAUGGAGUCACUACCCAACUAUUAAGCAAUAGGUUCAAAUAUUUUACGUUUCCUUGUCUCCUUUAACAUCUUCAUCUUUGCCACAAAACGUAAAGGACAACUAGAGUCAGAUAAAUUGUAGAAUAAUAAAAUAGGUGAAAUUAAUCGAAUAUGUUUGAGCUGCGUUGAAGAUAUUAUAUAAAGUGUUCCCCCUUCCUACAAUGCAAUUUGGCAUAAGCGUAGACAGAAGGAAUAACGACUACUGCAAUCUUUCUGUACAGGGGUCAUCUCUAUAGAUUUGAUGACUUUUUGACGGCUUGGUCCGAGAAACUAAGAGCUAAGGAACCAACAAGUAUGACUGUGAGACUGCAGAAAGAUGUCGACAAAUACAAGGUUAAGACUGAUCCAGUGACUAGGUUGUCGUUGUAAUGUACAGAAGUUUUGAAAACAGUGUAAGGCUUAAGUAAUCGCCUGAGCAGUAAAGCAAAAAGUCGACGUUUUGAACAUGAGCCCCGCAGUAAAGGACUCCUUUGUUACAUACCACUGGUUGUAGCCAGAGAGAAUCAUUCUGCCUUGCUCCGAAACGGAACAAACGCUUUAUAGCCUGUGAGGAGCAAGAAUCCUUUUCAGGGAGUGAAAAGCAAAGUGAUCGCAAAGCUAAACAUUACAGAGAACUGGUGAAAAGUUGGAAAGAUACAAGUGGCAUGGGAAACGCGAAUCGGGUCAUUGUUAAAUGUGUUUGGUUGGAGGGCAUGGCGCAAAUUUUCAAGAUCAAUUAUUCUGCGUGGUAAAGUUAGGAUAUUGCAUUGGAGUAUUAUCAAUUGAAAUACGUUCAAAUACUCUAUAAUUAGAUGUUCUAGUGUAUUGAAAUACGAUAAUUCCGAUUAGAGUGAGAAGACUUCAAUGUGUUCUCCUUUUCUUUAGAACAUUGUUCCUCUUCUUAAGUAUGUCCGUGGAGAGGCGUUAUCUCCUGACCACUGGUUAGAGCUUUUCAGGCUUCUGAAGAUGCCCAGAGGUACCAUCUUGGAGAAGCUGACAUUUGGAGAUGUUCUCGAGAGUGCUGAUCAAAUCAUUGCUCAUGCUGAUGCUCUUAAGGUGAGAUUAAGGUAACCUUAACUGGGUAAAUACCAACAACAGCCAACAGCCAAAGACGGCUCGUUACAGACCUACGCACAACCGCGUGAUCAAUUCUUAAGUCCUGUCGAUAUCAUGGUUAAGUGAGCUGUUUUCCCUCAAAGGCUAGGAAGUGACGUUCAUGAUAAGUCUUUUCUUUUGACAGGAACUAAACAGUCGGGCUCAAGGAGAAGUUUCAAUCAGGGAAGCCCUUAGAGAAUUGGAACUGUGGGGUGCUGGUGCUGUAUUCUCUCUCACGUCAUACGUAGACUCACACAACAAAGAGUUAUCCAUCAUCAAGGACUGGAAAGAUCUGGUCAAUCAGGUUAAAAAAAAAAUUCAACUUUGAAUUCAAUUUGCAAUUGUACGCAAUUGUUUCUUACAGCAAUGUAAUAGGGCCACUUUUACUCGGUGCAAUUUUUACCUUGUAAGGCAGAGCGAGCAUGCAGCUUUGUAUGCUAUUUUUUUAUGUUAGCACGACCUCUCAAUACUUGAUAAGGUUUGAUUCUCACUUUUUACAUCCAUCUUGUUUCGUCUCAAGGUUGGUGACAACCAAUGCCUGCUGCAGUCAUUAAAGGACUCUCCUUACUAUAAAGGGUUUGAAGACAAGGCUUCCUUAUGGGAAACCCGUUUAGCCGACCUUGAUGAGUAUCUUCACAACCUCAACCAAAUCCAAAGAAAGUGGGUUUAUCUGGAGCCCAUUUUCGGCCGGGGAGCUCUCCCCAGAGAACAGGGAAGAUUCAAGAGGGUGGAUGAUGAUUUUAGGUUUGUUAAAGUUAAUUUUUAUUGAGAUUAUCGACAUGAGUGAAAAGUAGAUGUCUUAAAAAUAAGGUAACGGUGCCUUCCGAAAGGAGGCAAUCGUGGGUCUUUUUUUUUUUUUGGCUAAUUUUUGUUUCAGUAUAUGCAAAUAAAAUGCUUGGGAUGGGUAUUUGCUCACCUGCAAACUUAUUAAAAAGCUAUGAUUCUGGUUGUUGAGUUAAUGUGCGUUAAAGGUAGCAGAAGUAGACGUGCACACUUAGGCUUAAUGAAAGAGAAAGAACGAACAAGUAAUGGAAAUUUACUCGGGCCACGAUAUGUAAAAUUGCUGCAGAUAUUGCCUUUACAUGUUUGUGUGCAUGAGGCGAAUUUUGAUACAUGUUGGUUGGUAGGUCUCAAAGUUCCCAUUUAACCGCAGGUGGGGUAAACUUUUAAGAGUUCUCGCUUAAUAUUGAUUUUUCUUUAUCAUUGCUUUUCCAUUCUAUUAAACAUGAAUGAAAUUUUGAAAAUGUUUUUGCUGUUCAGGGCCAUCAUGCACGACGUUUCAAAUGACAACCGAGUGUUGUCACUUGUGGCUCAGUCAGGCAUCAGAAACACUUUGGUUACACUCUUAGAUCAGCUGCAGAGAUGUCAGAAGUCUCUUAAUGAAUUUCUUGAGGUAAGAAUUGUAUUUCUAUAGAUUUUCAUUGUGCUUUUGGUAUAGAGAAAUGGGCAGAAUAGAUCUUAUUUCUGAAGAAGGUUGUAUCAAGUACCCAUUGAGCAAAGGGUCCGCUCUCAUUUUCGCUAUAAGCUAUUGUGUCAUUUCUUUUUAUACCAAGCACUUUGACGUUCUCUUUGGCAAUUAGCCUUUUCACCUCCCAAAGUGAUCACAUGCCAUUUCUCCGUACAACAGUUGAUAAGAAUAAGGUUAUCUUAUCUGCUAGAGUAAAGUAGUACAUGUAUCUUGAUUCAAGGUACCACUUACCUACAGUGACUAUUAAUUAGGAGUUGUUGAGUAACAAGAGAGCGGAAUCGCUUAUAAGAUAAGUUUCAUCAGCAAUGGAAGCCUAAUGGCUAAACUCAUUCAUACCUUGAAAAACAGAACAGAGAAAUGAAACUAACGCGAUAUCUCGUUAAAAAUAACGACGGAUUUCAACGCGUGUCGUUCACAUUGAGUAAUAAUUUCUCACACAGGAAAAGCGCGCGCUCUUCCCACGGUUUUAUUUCAUCGGUGAUGACGAUUUACUAGAGAUUCUUGGUCAAGCUACCAACCCACUAGUGAUUCAGUCGCACCUGAAGAAACUCUUCGCAGGGAUACACAGUGUUGUGUUUGAUGAUGGAUGUAAGACCAUUAUGGCCAUGAAGUCCCUGGAUGGGGAAGUUGUCCCUCUCAAGAGGCCAGUCACAAUAACUCCAGAGGUUGAGGUGAGUAGUAGUGGUGUGGUUUCCAAUGAGAGCUUGAGAUAAGUUUUUUUAUACUGAGUUUCGAAAGUAAUGCAGGACUGCAUUUUUUUUUUGCUACCCUUCAAUGAUUAGCCUGGUAACCUUUCGCCAUCUCUUCACUCAAUCAGAUGCAAAACUAAAGCUAAACUGAAGUAAACACAGCAACUACUCAGAACAAAGGUGAACGUCAUUAUUAGCUAAUGAGAACUCAAGAUAAAAACAGGCAAACUGUUUAAAGUGCAGGAAUGCGCGAGUGAUUAUUUCGUGACAAUUUGUAGUUUUGCAUCUGUUUGCUUGUGUAGAUGAUGCGAGAUUUCUUCUUAUCACAAUGCAAUGCAAAAGUCUGGACUGUUUUAAUUAUCCUCCACCGUUGUUGUUGAUGUUUUUUUUUUCAUUGAUAGGUUUGGCUCGGUGAUCUUGCUACUGAAAUGAAAGACACACUGAAAAAGCUGGUGGUUGAUUGUUUAAAUGCCAGCAGGAAAGGAGGAUCGAGUGGUGGAGUUGACCCUUCCAAGUUCCCCUCACAGGUGUGGAAGUUUUUUUUCUAUAUUCUUACGCAUCUAAGGUUCGGUUCAUGGCUGGUGUGAUGAGGCGUCUCGUGUCAGCAAGAAAUGGUCUCCGUAAAGAUAUUUGAUGAUAGGAAGUAGCCGCCUUUAACUAGGCACUACUACGACUUUAAUCGUUCUUUUCCUGAGAAGAUUUUAUACACAGAAUAUGAUUAUUUCAUGCGCUGUGUGUAAUUCGAAGUUUUUCAGGAAUUUAUUCUUGGUCAGCAACUCUUCAGUUUUGACUUGAGUUGUCAGAUAACGGUUUGUACAACAAUUUUGCCAAGAUAUUCUUAACAGUUAUCAGUUAUUGAUAGUAGUAUUAUUAUAAUUGUUAUUAUCAUUAUUAUCUUAUUUCGCACAGAUACUAUGCCUUGCUGAACAAAUUCAGUUCACAGACCGCUGCGAGGCGGCCAUCAAAAGCAACUCCCUCCAAGAGUUUCAGAUCGAGAUGGAGUCCCAACUGGAAUCUUACACAAACACUGAGAUCGGAGGAGGGAACUCAUCUGACUCGGAAUCUCGUGUUUUGGAACUCAAGCUGAAGGCGCUGAUCCUGGAUACGAUUCACGCCAUUGACGUGGUACAGCAGUUGAUCAAGCACGGAGUCAAGUCACUGGACGACUGGAUUUGGCAGAAGCAACUUAGAUUUUACAUGCAGAAACAAAGGGGUCUGUUGAGCAACGAAAGUUGUCAUUGGUUCUCUCACAAUUGUGAAACAAAGAAACUUCUGAGUCCCACACGAGGGAUUGAAUCCCACGCAUUUGGCACUUCAAUGCUCUACCACAGGACGCUCUUGUCACCGCUUAUCCAAGCGGUAUAUAGGAAGCCUGUGGUGUAUAUAACCUAGAAAUCGCCCUGCUUACCAGCGAGUUCUCUGAAGUUCAGUGGGGGACUCCGAUGUUUUUCUUUUUCCCAAGCUAGUUAGCUAACAAUUUACCAUUUUUCUUUCUAUGCUCACACAUAAGAGUUUGAUUAGCUUUAGUUGCAUGUCUUUUCUUAUGCACGCGAAAGAUAGGUAGGGCGGUUCGCAGACAAGGGAGACUGUUUCGGUUAUGCCACGAUAUUUCGAGUCACUAUUUCUAGGAUUUUUCUCGUGAUAAUUUUUGGAUGAAAGGUUUAAGCUAGUAUAGUAAGUUAAGAAAUGAUUGACGAAGUAACGGCUAUCUUUAAAUACGCUAAGUUUUGAUAGCGAAAAAGAGAUUAACAGAGACGCGUUGUUUUCAAUCUUCAUAUUCUUGAUUUUUCCUUUUAGUUUGGUGGACUUGUUGCACACAUGAUUCUUAGAGUUAAUUUUGAAUAAUUAUUUUACUUCGCAGAAAUCUGUUUGAUUCGAAUGUGUGAUGCCGAAUUCUACUACACUUACGAAUAUCAAGGAAAUGCGGCCAAACUUGUGCACACUCCUCUCACGGACAAGUGUUACCUAACUCUCACCCAGGGCAUGCACAUGGGGCUUGGUGGAAACCCAUAUGGGCCGGCAGGAACCGGGAAGACUGAGUCAGUUAAAGCUCUGGGAGGCUUGUUUGGCCGGCAGGUUCUUGUUUUCAACUGUGAUGAGGUAAGAAAAUCAAACGCUUCAGCGAUCCUGCCAUUUAUGUUUAACCUCUAACUCCCAUGAAUGACCAAGACAAAAUUUCUCCUCACAAAUCAACUUAAUAUGAAGCAGACGAGUGAUGAGAAUAAAGAAAAAUAUUAACCAAGGGAUUUUUAGUUGAUCCAAUACCAAAUUCUCCAAACUAAAAUCACGAGAACUACAGUUUGUUUAUCACAGACAGUAAGGAGAAUUACUGAUGAGAUCUUGGGAGUUAUAGGCUUAAGCCUCCUCGUGCAAGUGCGAGUUCUCUUAAGCUGAGUUUCAAGAGCAUCUGAGCUGAAAUCGAUGCUGGCUGUAGUUAGAAUCUUAACAAGAGAAUCAUUCAAAUUUUACUUGUUCCAUUAUCGUGAUAGAUGUUUACUAUUUAUCUUACCUUAAAAAAUGCAUGCUUUCUGAUGAGCAGAGUUCAAUAAUUACUCCAUGUCUUUGUUUUUGUAAUUUGCAUUGUUUAAUUGAUAAUUCAACUUGUACAUUAAGGGUAUUGAUGUCAAAUCCAUGGGUCGUAUCUUCAUCGGGCUGGUGAAAUGCGGAGCGUGGGGCUGUUUUGAUGAGUUUAAUCGUCUGGAGGAAGCCGUGUUGUCUGCUGUGUCUAUGCAGAUUCAGACCAUACAAGCUGCGCUCAAGAGUAAACUGUCCUCCACUGAGCUGCUCGGGAGACAGGUACAGUAUGUUUGGAUUUGUAAAGCUGGAUUUCUUCUACACUUGGGUGCUGAAGUGGAUUUCAUUUGGCUUGUUGUGUUUUUAGAGUUAAUGCAACAGUUUUAUCCAAUUAAUCGUUCUUUCACGAUGUAUUUAUUUUUCAGUUGGAGCUCUCGUGGGCACUCUCCUGCAAACACUUCGUGUUUACUCUUGUUCACUUGCUCUUUUUUUUUUCCUUUUCCGAUGGCGCGGUCCGCCUACGCCAGUUUCAACUGUAUUUUGUUCAUUAUUUUCAUUUCAUUUAAAGGAAAUUUUCAAACCGAAAUUACACCUAAGCGCAAGAUGCGUCCUCCACACGGCGCACACCAGUAAAAUGAUGAAAUCAAUUGCUAAAUAUCGUUUGAAAUGCGUUCUCUCUCUCUCUCUAUGCAUUAUAAUGUGUUAGCUCUUGGGGAUAAACCUGAUAUUAAACUAUAUUUCCCAGCGUUUCCAACUUACCACACUAAUCACACAAUGAACUCUGUUUUUGCGAACUACAAGGUCGUAAAUAUAUAACGUCUACUUUAUCUAUUUUUCACCUGUAAUGCUUAAAGCAAUUUACAUGAUCUUUACUUUGGGUUUUCUUUAUUGUAGGUUGAGUUAGAUCCUAAUUCAGGGAUCUUCAUCACUCUAAACCCGGCGGGUAAAGGCUACGGGGGACGUCAGAAACUUCCAGAUAAUCUGAAGCAGUUAUUCCGUCCUGUGGCCAUGUCUCGACCCGACAACGAACUGAUUGCUGAAGUAAUCAUGUUCUCAGAAGGGUUUAAGGAAGCCAAGAGCUUAGGGAGAAAACUGGUGGCCAUUUUCAAUUUAUCAAAGUAUGAUAGUACACUGAUAAGUGUUUAAUGUUGAACUUAAUCCGGAAAUGCAUUGUGUUUUCUUCGCUUCGCCCUGUGAUUGGUCUGGAAAACUCGUGCUACCUUGUUACUGAGCCAGAUUAAAAACUAAAACCAAUGGCGGCUUGCUCAGUCACGUGCUCGCACUGAUAUGCCUGUUUGCUUGCAUUGACUUUAAUUUUAAUUUAAUAAUUCUGUUACUUUCUGUUUGUUCUGAUGAACUCGAAUGAGAGAAGUGGGAGAAUUGACGAUAACGUAAUUCGAACUGAAAGAGUUUUUGUCCUUUGAUUUUUCAGGGAACUGUUAUCCCAACAGCAACAUUAUGAUUGGGGGUUGCGUGCACUGAAGACUGUUCUGAGGGGAUGCGGAAACCUGUUACAGUCGCACAAACAGACGAACGGACAAGGUAGGGCUGAGUACACCCCGAACAGAGGCUAAGGAAAAUAGAACAAUUGUAAUCACUUGUUUAGUUACUUUUUAUGUUCCUCCUUGUAAUUUCAUUUUUAAGAGGAAACAGAGCUUCGGACCCGGGUAUAAAUUUCAAUUUUUUAGUAAGGACCAAUGUGAAGCUCCAUUAACGCGGUCUCAGAAUCUUUCUCUUUUGCAAAAGCUUGACUGAAAGGAAGUAAGACUAAUUGUUGUUAACACGAUUCGUGCGCUAAAGGAUAUUCGUGCUCAAGAAUGUAUCCUUCCUCAAAGAAACUAGCCGCACUUAGCGAUGGCAAAGUAAAACUACCUAUCCCAGCAAAGUAUUUUUGAAAGAUAGGUAAAAGUCACUGCAUUUCCCAGGAAUGCGGCGAUGGAGAGAAAUGUGCAGGGCGACCAAAAAUACAGCUGACUGUAUCCAAAUGCGGUGGCAGUUACGCUCUAAGUGUCUCCAUCUCUUCCGAUUACGUGCAGCAUUUUUUCAUUAGUAGCAUUAGGUUAUUAACAUUACAGAAGCUUUGUGUCUGGGCGGAUAUGCAUUCGAUAAUACAAUCAGCUGAUUUUUUAUCUAAACAGCCCUCCGUGAACCAGCAAAGAAUACGACAUCCUUAAAAUCAGACCUACAAAUGUAACCCCAAACUUUCUAUACCUCAUUUUUAUUCCAUUCAGAGAAACGUUCGAAAAUAAACUAGACUUAUGGUGAUGAAAUGAGCUUCAUUAUUCAUGGAAAUACCACAAACUGAUGCCAGCGUUUACAACGAUGCUCUCAAGUUAUCAGUUUCAAUUUUUGUUUUGAUAUUGUUUGUGUGAAACAUUGUAGUGUAUUUUGCUGUGGGUUUAAAAUGACUGAGAGGUUCUUUAUACGUGUAGUUAAAAAAGUCUUUUGAAAUUGCCUUGAAAACUGCUUUGACCUUACUUGUUGCUCACUUUUAGUGGUACAAAUUAUACUUACUCCUGUGUUGAAUGUUUUUACAAACUUCAAAUAUACUAUGAAACAUAAAUCGCAGUAUGUUGUCGUCGAAUGAAAAUUUGUCGAUCCGCACACAUCACACAAUCUGAAAUGUUCUUAGAAUGCAAAUAACAAUGCCUGCCUUUAAACGACUUUUUAUUCAUUACAAUCAUAGCAAAAUGUUGAAUAUUAUGAUAUUGAUAUAUUCUUUCUUCAAACUGUUUGCAUCAAUUUUUUUAACAGCUUAUUUGGAAUUUUUUCUUAAUUUGCUGUUUAUAUAUUUUUUUUACGAUUGACGUUAACUUGCGUGUUGUCAUAAACUUCGAAACUUGUAUUGAUUUGUCGAUUGAUUCGUUUAAUUAAUUCGUCCUGCUGUAACAAAAUUGACCUCGUAUCGUAAAACCUACCAACACAAGUCUUCGCUUCGAAAAAGGACUGAUCAAAGUCUAAUGUACAUGCGAUUAUUCUUGUUAAAUUUCACGUGUCCAUCAUCAACAAAUUACUGUACAAACAAAACAAGUAUCUGGUUUCAAAAGGUAACGAAAUUUUUCUUGCGUGGGGCGUCUCCAUCUUUCCGACACGUAUUCCGUUGCAAUCGAUGAUACCCUAGUUUGUAAAAACAUCUGCGUUGGGUGUACUAGAAUUGCCUUUAAUGUCUCUCAGCCUUUAUCUGUCAGAAGUGAUCUACUGAGGAUGUUACUUCUUAAAAUUUUCAAUACAUUCCUUAGUAAAUGUGUGAUAAUAAUGGACAUUGCAAAGUGUUCUGCAGGAGAUGCGAAGGAGCGACGAAAUUCUGUCCCGCUAACUUAGUUGGAAUUCGAACACUGAGCCAUUUCUUCCCUGUAGACAGCGCACGAGUUCAAUUUGGCUCACGGCAGCUACACAACUGUCUAAUCGCGUCCUUCAUUGCUUGUUUUACAUCUCUGAUCUUCCAGCAGUAAAGAAUUGGGUUCAGCGACGAGUUAAGGUAAACAAGCGACAAGACAGUGUACUCAAACAUUUCAGGAAUAACGGCUGGUUCUUUUAUGAACAUCAUGAAAUACACGCUAAAGGGAAGAUAGCAGGCAAAUAAUCCUAGCUGUACCCAUGCUAUGGUGGAGACUGUUCUCUUGUAUCGUGCUAAAUUUAAUGCGGUUGCUACGAAGCCGUUUGUCGCUGGAUGUUGUUGAACAUGGCCCUGUACAUGCAGUAACUGGUAUCGGAGACGAAAAUAGAUCUUGAUGUAAGAAAAGGCGGAGAUAACGAGAGAAACCAACAUCAUGGCAAGGUAUAUGGAUUGAGGUACUCGAUCUAUAACAAAAACCGAGCCGAGAAACGCAAAAUUAAAAAACAAAAAAGAAACAAGAGCCGCUUGGACCCGCCUUUAUGUAACAACUUGUCUGUAUCUUAGCCCUAAAUACAGUGCGAGAAGUCUGUCCACACUUAUUGCAGUUGCUGUCAGGAGAGAUAGUCCACACAAGAAGCACAUGGAGGUUAUCUGAAUAACGACCGAUACGCUCAAGUUGAAAUAUAAUUCGUGGCUCAGAAGAUUAUAUACGAACAGCGGUUGUGAAAUGAGUCCAACGCAAAGAUCAGUAAACGCCAGACAUCGAAACAUCAGUUUUGUUGGAGGAAAAAUCGAAGAUACCUUACAAAAAGAAAUUAGGAUCAGAAAAUUGCCAAGCGAUGCAGUGAUGGAGAAAAAUAGGUUUAGUACAACGAGAGCCGCAACCACCUCUACUUGUAGCAGGGAGGUUUCCAAUGAAAAGUUUCCCUCCAUAGCAGUUUUAUUCGUCAUUUUCCUAGAGCGAUGUUAAGCUGGUUUGAAGCAAAGAAGGCGCGUCUAAAGUCUUCCAAGCGUGACCGCCUCAUCUGAUUAUGCGAAAUUAACAGCGGAUCCUUUACACUGAUCUUUUUCUUCGCUGCGUUAAUGGAUAUUUUAUUAUGUCGAGUAAAUCAGCGACGACGCAUGGGUUUUUUCUGAUUGACUUUAAGAACUUUCAGCUUUUACUUCUGUCAGGUUUGUCAGCGAAAUUUUUUAUGUUCAAUCAAGUGACAAAUUGGCAAGUCACCUUGAAGUAUGGUCGGUGAUUAAAAGCAUGUAUUCAAGAGAGCAACAUGCUCCGAACCUAAUUUGAUCCUCAUCCCUUGUGGACAGAUGGCUAAAAAUCAGCUUUUGUCCUUCACUGCUUGUUUCGCCUCUCUGAUCUUCCAGCAAUAAAGAUUGGGCACACAGAGAAUUUAAAUUACCAAGGUUUAAGAAAACUCGCAAAACAAUUACAGAAGUAUUCCCUGUAAAUGUCAGGAGCUUCCUUUCAAAUACGCGAAAGGGAAGAUAGCGAGCAAAUGAUGCGAACAGUAUCCAUUUUUUAAGGGAAACUCUUUUUUUGUACCGUGCCACGUCCAAAGUAGUCUCUUAAGGCUGUUCUCUCUGUGGCCCUACAAACGCAAUAUUUGAAGGUAGAGACCAACAUAAAUCCUUGUAUUAGAAAAGACGAGAUAAACAGAGAGUACAAUAUUACGAGGUGAUAUCAAUAUGAGAACAAGAUAUCUGAAUGUCUAUUUGAAAUAAAGAAGGAACCAACGAAUUGAGGUUAAAAAUUUAGGUGCUCAAGAUAAAUCCUCGAAUCCGCCUUUAUUUGACAGCGAUCGUGUGAAAACAAGUUUUGCCUUCACAAAUGAACGGACGGACGGGGACAACUCUUAAAAACUCUUUCUGGGUAAAGGCUUUCCUUGGGGGCACUCGCUGGCUGCGGGAAGGUAACCGGAAUCUAUUACGGUUGCUGACUAUCCUUGAGAGAAUGACUAACGACAACAGGGUUGGCUCCAACGUAGAUUUAUUCUGCAAGCUCGACUACAAUUUUGACCAGAACGGACCUGGCCAGGGCUGGUUCAACCCUGCUCUACUCCCUUCUCUUUUCCUCCCACUAAGCUUUACAGAACAGUCCUAUUUAAGCUUAACGUACAUAGAUAACGUAAUGCCAUGAAUAAUCUAACGAAUCAUGUAAUCUAAUACACUAUUGGCUAAGUAGGAAUUUCGCCUUUUGCAACAUUAAUUACUUUUAAAGAGUUCCGGUGGAUAACAGUUACACAAAAAGACAUGACAGGUGGCUGUUACAGUUUAACACUAACAACAACUGUUUACGGGUGACUGAAGGAGAACUGGUAGCGUUUACGCUUUGCUGAACUAAGUUUUCUACGUGGAAUAUUGUAUUUUUGAAGCGUAAGCAUGAAAGAACUCGAUAACUAAAAAUCACUAAAAAUCCUAUCGUUACAAUCGGCAAUUCGUUUGAUGGCAUGUUUUAAUGAACAUCACUUUAGUUGUCAAACAGCCUUCUAACUUUGACUGUGACACCGCUUUUUUAUUAAACAGCACUUUGAUUGUUAAAAAGCCAUCUAUCAAAAUUUGCCAGAGGGUUCUAUUUGGGUACAAUUAGGCUUUCAAAUAUAUGGCGGCUUUUUUGUUAUUUCUGUCAAAAUUUCGAAAUGCACAGAUGGAAAAUCACACUUACAUAUGUGCAUGUGACGAUUCCGAUUCUUGCGUUUAAUUUGGUAAGAGCAAUUAUGUAGGAAGCGUCACAUGAAAAAAGCUUCUUCUUUGACCCUCCGUCUAUUCAUAACUUAAAAAUCUUUUAACUCACCUGUCACUUACACAUUACAUACCUGUAAAAUGCCCCGAGUUACAUGCAAACUUCAAUGAAGCAGCUAGGUUAAGAAAGAUCGCAAUUCUCUUAAAGGAAGCUGCCUGCUUAAAAAAAAAGCUUGUGUAAUUGUCAUGAAAACUGUUUCACACCUUUCUUGGUGAGCCCCCUUUUUUGCAUUACUAAGCCGCUAUCGAAAAAUUAUAACGAUCGAUCGAAAAAUACCCUAAAUAUCGAAUUUUAGUCAAGCUGUGUCGAUUUGCAUUUAGUACGUUAAAAUGUUAUUAAAAUGCAAAUAAAAGAGCCUGUUUGUUUUUUUGUUAGUUUGUUUGGAGACUUUUUGUAUGUAAUAAUCAUCAUGUUGAAUAUUCUAAUAUUAAUUUUUUGGUCCAGUUAUACUUCUACAGUUGUCUUUAUCCGUCGUUUAUACGAUAUUAAAAACCAAAUUCCAAAUAUUUUGAACGAAGGUUUACACCCUGCACGACAUUUUAAACACGUUCCACAUUAAAUUCUUUCCAUUUGUUCGUUAUUUCAGAAUUUCGCUCUUUUUCAUCCGCGCCAUUAUGUUUUAAUUCUCCUAUUUCAGUGAAUGCUAAGGUGGAGGCUCGCUUAGUUGUUCAAGCCCUCCGUGUGAACACACUGUCCAAGCUGACGUUCGCAGAUUCCAAGAGGUUUGACUCCCUUGUUCGAGAUAUCUUCCCUGGUGUGGACUUCAAAGGCGUCGAGUAUGCUGAAUUGGCGGAGGCACUGAGAACCUCAGCUCAGGAAUCCAACUUGAUGGUCAUGGAAACUCAGGUGAUCAUUGCCGAGAAUUACGGCUAACUAUAAAUAAAGGGUAAUUUAGUAUUAUCAACUGAGUUGAUAACAUAAAUUGGCCACCGUAAAGAGUUUAAAAGCUGACGUUUCGAGCGUUAGCCCUUCGUCAGAUCAGCUUUUAAACUCUUUAAGGUAUAGCCAAUUUACGUUAUCAACUCAGUUGAUAAUGCUAAAUACCCUGUUAGACUCUCCCAUCAACGCAGCACCAUGGUUUCUUUAGAAAUUUACCCCUUCAUUAACCAUAAAUACACUGGGCAUGAAUGUAGUUACCUUUUGAAACAAACUUACAUUAGGCAGAUAUUACAAGAUAAUCAUUUCAAACUAAUAGUUGAUGUGAGGGGUGUACCUUAACAUUGAGUCGAAUAAUUUUCACUUGAGCGUCGAAAGUAAUCUCAGAUUGCAUUAGUCUUCACAUUUUUUUUUUCGCUCUGUGAUUGGUCAUGAAGACUCGCGCCAUCCUCUCAACCAAUCAGAUACGAAACUGGAACCAAUCGUGACUCGGUCACACUUGUUUUCCCGCGCUCCAGGCAGUUUGCGUGAUUUUACUUUGUCAGAAUUCUCGUUGUUUUUGUUCUGCUUGGCCGUUGUGUUUACUUGGUUUUGGUACUGCAAUAUGCUAUGGCGAAUUGCUAAUAAGAAUGCAACAGAGAGCUGGAAUAUCGCUAUAUCUCCAGGCAUUUCUUAACACUAGGUGGAUAUAUUUAUUUACCCAGGUGAAGAAAGCACUCGAAUUGUACGAGCAGCUUCGUCAGAGGAUGGGUGUUGUGGUCAUUGGUCCCUCGGGCUCAGGAAAAAGCACCAUCUGGAAGCUGCUACGCCUUGCCCUUGGUAAAGUGGGCCAGACAGUGAAGCACUACACCAUGAACCCGAAAGCGAUGCCGCGAACUCAGGUUGAUGUUAUGUUAAAGCGUAACUUACUUUCGAACAACAAUGUUGCGUUCUUAGUCGUGGUUAAGUAAUCUUUGGUCCCCGUUCUCCCUUACCUACUUGUUCCCUUGCUUCCCCAAUAUUUGGUAUCCAAUGCCUGGUCUUAAUCGUGGUCAAGUAAUCUUUGUUCCCCGCACUCCUUUACCACCCAAUGCCUGGUUAAGUAAUCUUUGGUCCCCGCUCUCCCUUACUCACUUGUUCCCUUGCUUCCCCAACACCUGGUAUGAAGGCUAUUCUUUAAAUUCCACAAAUCUGGUUGUUUUUAUAGAGGGAAGGAGACAGGAAACUUCGUAAAGUUUAAGAUUUAGGUCUAGUACUUUGACGCUUUGUGUGUUUUGGUCUUUAUCAACGUCUGGAAACAGGUUUUUUUUUAAAAAAUCCUUAAUAUAAUGCAUUUAAAAGCGCAGCAAUAGGCCUGAUCGUACAAUAUUUUAGAUAGCUUGCUAAUUUCGUCGUCAUGCAAAAAAGCUAACGUAAACAAGUAAACUUUGAGGGUUAAUUUUUUUACGUUUGUUGUUGUUUUUUUGGUUUGUUACUGUAUGCAAAUAGACACUGCAGUUAAGACAACUGUUUGCUUUGUGUCAUAACCAGAAAUUUGCAUAUCUUAUUCCACCAACAGCUUCUAGGACAGAUUGACAUGGACACUCGCGAGUGGUCGGACGGAGUUCUAACGAAUGCUGCCCGGCAAGUCGUUCGUGAACCAAUCGAUAUCCAGUCGUGGAUCGUCUGUGACGGUGACAUUGAUCCGGAAUGGAUCGAAUCGCUGAACUCAGUUCUGGAUGACAACAGAUUGCUGACAAUGCCCUCCGGUGAAAGGAUUCAGUUUGGUCCGAAUGUGAACUUCCUUUUUGAGUCUCAUGACCUGAGUUGUGCGUCACCUGCUACGAUUUCGCGUAUGGGGAUGAUAUUUUUAAGGUAAAGCAGUUCGAGUGGGUAUAGAACUGUCGCCCAGCUUUAGUGAAUACCGUAUAAAUUUAAUGAGAAAACAUUUUCAUUUUCUCCUGAUAGUGAUGAAGACACCGACGUCAAAGCUCUGGUCAAAUCUUGGCUCCAGAGCCAACCCGAGGAGGAUCGUCGCAUGUUGGAAGCCUUCUUAGAAGAUCAUUUUUACAAGGCAUUGGAUUGGGUGCUAAAACAGAACGAGUUUGUAGUGGAGACAAGCUUGGUUGGCGUGGUCAUGAAUGGCCUGUCCCACAUGCAUGGCGUCAAGGUGAAGUCAGAGUUCGCCUGCAGUUUGAUCAGAGGAUUGGGAGGCAACCUGUCUUCAUCUGCCAAGACUGCAUUCGCUAAGGAGGUGACUUAUUAUGUGUCUGUGAUUUCUAAAAUGAUAGAGAUACUGUGGGAAUGGUUGAUGUCUGAUUUCCACUAUUACUCCGCUUUGUUCAAGUGAAUGUGACCUCAAUUAUCUGCAGGGCGAAGUCUUUCACUUAUGCAUUAUAGCUUUAAAUGAACAGAUUGAUGAUUCGAGUCUAAAAGUUCUUGGUUAUAUUAAGACUAUACGGUACCUCGGUAGUGCAUUUCAUAACAUAUGUUUGCGUAAGAAUCUUUGUGAUCUCUGUUCGCUUGAUGGUUGGUCCCUUUUGGAAACCAAAACCAGUGAUAGAUAUUUUUUGCUCAAAGAUUCCAUUGUUGUUGGUUGCUCGCAAAAACUCCCUUUGUGUUAUUUAAUGCCAUUAUGUUUUUGUGUGGCUGAAAAUAUUUUUUGACAGGUGUUUCAUUGGACUCAUGAGAUGCCGCCGGAUCAGAAGAGGCCGUUGGACACAUAUUAUGAUAACGACAGAGGAAGACUGGCUUCAUAUCAGUUGGAGGUGAGUUGGUGCCAGUAUUUACCUUGUCUCAGCGACUAAGAAGGAAAUUGACAAUGUUGUGGAGUAGAACGCUAUGGUAAAGUCACAUAUUCGAAGCUUAUAGCUCUAGGCACCAGUUUUUCAAAUGACGGAUAGUGCUAACCAAAGGCUAUCUAGCGGACAAGAGUUAAUGAAACGUACUACGCUAUUCCCAGGAUAGAGAUUUAUCUAGUGAAUAGCGUUAUCCACCCUUCGAAUAUCCGGGGCCUUCUCAAGCAAUGUGACGGCAGUCUUCCAAGCGUCUUCCUUUGAUAUUUGGAUCGGAUAAAUUCAAGGACAGAACCAGAAAUGUGGUGACCAAUCGUUUGCAAUAGCUCUUUUUUUUUCUUACUUUCUUUUAUUAUCUCUUUAAAUUCGGCCACGACAUUCCGCACUGAUCUAUUAAUCUGUCUCCUUCCAUACCAGGUCCCAGACUCUCUCAGUGUAAACGAACUAAAUCAAAACUCAGGUCUUUUGCCAGUAAUUCAGACCGCGGACAUCAAGAGAGGUCUGGACAUGUUUUCUCCUUGGCUUCACCCAGAUCAAAAGAAGCCUUUCCUGUUAGUCGGUCCGGAAGGGUGUGGCAAGGAGUAAGUCUCUGUUCUUGUUGUUUUUGUCGCUGCUGCAAGUGUCCCUGCUUAUUUGUGCCCAGAUACAGAGGGGCACUAACUGGCGAGCACUAAUUCCGCUCGUGUGGACGUUGUUUCGAAGACUCACUCUAAUGACAAGAUCAUAUACUAUAAACUUAUUUCUUUCCCAUGUAGGUUUCAAAAUCUUUUAAGGCUUUUUCACUUUGCGUAAUUGUGCCCUGAUGCAGAAGAGCACUAAUUGGCGAGCACUAUUUCAGCUCUUGUGUAUGCUGUUUCGAAGAAACAUGGGUUUGGAAGACCCAUUCUAAUGGAAAAAUCAUAUUCUAUAAAAUUUAAUUCACUUUGCGUCUUUGGUUCGUUAAUGUCUAGGCUUCUGUUAAGGCACUGUUUUGAGCAACUUCGCUCGACCCAAGUCGCUGUGGUGCAUUGCAGUGCCCAGACCUCUCCCAUGCAUGUUCUCCAGAAGCUUCAACAGUGCUGUAUGGUGAUUAGUUCCAAUACUGGCCGAGUGUACAGACCAAAGGACUGCGAGAGACUGGUACUCUACCUCAAGGACCUCAACCUGCCAAAACCGGACAAGUGGGGAACUAGUCAGCUCAUUGCCUUUUUACAGCAGGUAAAAACAGUUUUGACAACAAUCUAACGGUAAUUUAUGAUGGAAGUGGAAGUGAUGUAGAAUCCUAUUCUAACUACAUUUUGCAGCUUUUAUGCAGGAAUAUUAUUGUGCUUCAAAUUCAAGCUAAACUUUGUAGCCCUCGAGUACUUCUUAAGCAUACUACACUUACUGCUACUACUGUGGCAUUAAUUUUUGCAAUGAACGCAUUACAAUUCUAUAGGUCCUGACCUACAAGGGAUUCUAUGACUCGAAUCUUGAAUGGGUUGGUCUUGAAGGUGUUCAGAUUGUGGCAUCCAUGAGCGCUGGGACAGGCAUGGGGAGACACCAGCUGACAACCAGAUUUACAUCCAUCGUUGGUGUAUGUUCCAUAGGGUAAGAAUGAUAAAAUAUUGUCUCUCCGGUCUGUGCGAGGACUAGUAGUAUGGUUAAUGUUCCCUUGGAAAGUCACUCCGGUUGGAAGUUGCUUGGGUAAAUAAGACAGAAAAAAUGAAUUGAAAUUUUAAGAAACAUGAAAAUUCUUAGCCACUUUCUAAUAAUUUUUUUCCUAAAUGGCAUCGUCUCACCUUUUAAGUUAUGUUCUUGUGCAGCAAUGAAAUGGGUUAAGUGUUUUAGAAGAAUGAUAUUGGGUCGCUUGUCUACACUACCUUUAGAAAACACAAGAGUAUCCUCCAUAGAAACUAAACCUACCAUUAUUCGAAGCGUUUUUUUUCUUACAGAGCUGAAACAAUAUGAUUGCCCUUUGAAAGCUUAAAAUGUCUGAACAAACCUGUUGAGCAAUUAAAGAUGAUUAAUGUAUCUGAGCUAUAAACAGAUUAAAUAAAGCUUAGGGGUCAUUCUAGUCUUUAAGAGAGGAGUGAGAAACUUCGCUGUACUCCGUGUGGUUUCUAUGUGUUAUUUUGACAGGUCAGGAGAAAUGUUUUUUAGAAUAUUUGCCUUCCGCUAUGUUAAUCCCCAAUUACUCCUCUCUUCUGUAGCUAUGCUGAUCGAGAUCAACUGCAAGCAAUCUACAGUGCAUACCUUCAGCCCGUGUUAAGUUCAUCCCUGAAGUCCCAUCCAGUGUGGGGUGCGGUGAAAAAUGUCCACACUUUGGCCGGCUCAAUGGUUUCUGUGUACGAACAGGUCAGUGGCUAGCCUUAAAACAAAAUCAAAAGAAGUAGGAAGGGAUGAUUCAAACGUUUUUGUCGGUUAGUUUUUAACUGAAACAUAUUUAGCUCUUGUUUACAGCUGGCAGUGUCAAGGUUACCGUAUAAUCGAACGAAAAAUUGAUCACUGACUCUGUACAUUUAUUUCAUCCAAAAGGACGUUAGACCGAUAUCUGUUACUCUCAAAAUGAAAGCCAGACAACCAGAUAGAAGUUCAGUUGUUGUCGUUUCCCGUUCGCGUAAACGUAAAGUUGCUUCUUAGUUUCUCUGCUUUAAGAGGUUGAAAUAGUAAAGACAGUGUCUCUCAAAUAGGAAGGCAUUUAAAGGUGAGUUUGUAAAUGAACCUCAAAUAUUUUCCUUGUACAUUGUUUUACGGAUAACGAAUUGUACACGAAAAUUUUGGACAACUGUGUUGGGUUAAAAACUCCUAAAAAAUAAAUGCGUCUCCCUUGAUUUUCUAGUGUAAGUUUAAGUCGUGACUUAGGAAUUGCACGAAAAGUUUCACGGUCGGGAAACAAAUAUAUGUGAAAUGUAAGUAAUGGUUAAACCUCCCUUUGUUGUUUUGUUGGUUUCCUUAAACUUUAAUUAUUCACUUGAUUUUCUCAGGUUCGCUCCAAGUUUACUGUUGACGACUUUUCUCACUACCUGUUCACCCCGCGUGAUCUGACUAAUUGGAUCCAAGGUCUUUUGCGGUACAAUCUGGACUCAGGAUCUGGGGAUAGCUCCACUCAGCAUCUCUUGGAAAUCUGGGCUUACGAGGCACGUCGUCUUUUCAGGGACAGACUUGUAGGAAAACAAGGCCUAGAUAAAUUCGACAGGUAAAAUCAGUUUGGGAAGUAUUAGUUUGAUGAUUUAUUUCUUUAUCUAUCCCAAAAAGUUGCUUUAUCUAUCCCAAAUCGUAGCGAAGGGUUAUCACAACAGGGAUGGGGAUAAGAUGGGGCACUACAGGCUGGCAAAAAGGGAAAAAGCACCGCAAGCGUUUUCCAUCCUUCUGGUAUAUCUAAAGAUUUCAAAACAAUUUUAUCAGAGCUUCAUGUCAAUGCGCGAAUUGCGUUUUGCUAGAAUUGAUUACGGAACUCAAUGACUCCGAUCAUUCCAUUAUCAAUGAAUUACUAAUUAAAAUAAACAAAGAGGGUCCAAUGAAACUUUUUGACAAAAUUUGGGAUUAAUUUAGCAUUCUAGCCUCCCAACUGCGUGCUGAUUGGUCUGUUACUCUUGAUCGCCUUGACAACAAGUAUUAUGUCACAUGGGGUAGCAGUCUCACUUCUGCAUCAGCACCCUCAAGUAAUGCCGGGAAAGAGGGUGAAGCGCCUGUAGCCACGACGUCUGGGGGCUCACUUCCGCCUCAAGGAAAGAUGCUCGGGAAACUGGAUCCGAAGGACUUAGUGCAAGUAAUCAGCAAAGGAAUGAAGACCUAUGGUAUGUUCAGAUGCAUUGCAAUAUUUAUAUCAUCGUUGGUGUUGUUGGUUUUUAAACUCUAACUUUUAACUUUUCAUUUACUGAAGAUUGUUAGAAAUGAAAGAAGUCAUCAAAAUACUGCUUGAUACGUUAGCUAUCAUCUGGGUUGUGUCCAACGUAAGUUGCACCACAGUCCUAUCAAUAAAAAUCGCAACAAAUGAAUAUUCUUCUCAAUGGAUUUUUAAUCUUGAUUGUAUCCCGUGGAAGUCCUUGUUACUUUGGGUAAUACACAAAUUUUACUUUGGGUUUGUUCAUGCAGCGCGUGAAAACCGUGAGCUAGACAUCCUCAUUUUCAAAGAAGUCCUGGAAAACAUCGCUCGUGUCGAUCGCACACUCACCAAACCUGGCGGCUCGCUUCUCAUGGCUGGUCGAAGUGGUGUUGGAAGGAGAACAGCGGUUGCUCUGGUUGCUCACAUGCACAACGUUCAACUAUUUACACCCAAAGUAUCCAGAGCUUAUGGACUGAAACAGUUCAAGACUGACCUUAAGUCGGUAAGGAAGAUCUUUGCCUGAGAGAUGUCGCCCAGAUCGAAUUUUUUAAAAAGUCUCUCUAUGAUGAACAAUGAACAAACAGAGAGAAAAAUAUAAUCUUGUUGAGAUAAAGUACAACUUAGUAUGAAAUUGGUAUAGUCUGGAAAGGAUCUCAAGUAAUUGAAGACAUCUGGAGAUUUCCGAUCACUUUUGAUGGUCGCCGCGCACAGCCGAACACUUCUUAUUUUUUUUGAAAUGUUAUUUUUAUGCCAGCAGAUAUUUCCCAACACUUUCACCAAAAAUUAUUGAUGAGCACUUGAAUCGUAAAAUAUGUCAAUUAAAGCCCCUAUGCCGUUCAUACUUGAUGACCUUCCCCCAUGAAAUUUAUUAUAAGUGUCACUUUCAUUAUUAAUUUUCUGAAAAUAAAAGUAAAAAAUGACCCUUUUUCAAUUGCAGGUCAUGCAGCUGUCUGGUAUCGACGGAGAACAAGUAGUUCUUCUCCUGGAAGAUCAUCAGGUCGACCCAUCAUACCUAGAGCUUAUCAACAGUCUACUCAGUGCAGGUGAAGUUCCCGGUCUCUACACUCCUGAGGAGUUGGAACCCCUGUUGGGUCCCCUUCGGGAUCUUGCGUCACAAGAUGGUUUUCGUGGCACGCUUGUCUCGUACUUUGCUUCCCGUGUGCGAAGGAAUUUGCACGUUGUGUUAAUCAUGGAUUCGUCUUCCAAGAAUUUCACGGCUAACUGCGAGUCCAAUCCAGCGUUCUACAAGAACUGCUCGUUCCAGUGGAUGGAACGUUGGAGUAAAGAGAGCAUGGCACAAAGUAAGUGAUUUUUUAAACAGAUUUUAAAUGUCCCCUUUCUCAGGUGUAUUCUGUGGCCCCUCACUGAAAAAUCUAGCCUGGUAUACAGUCUGAAAUUAUACUAGUUACAAUUUUUAUCCUAGUCUUACGACUUACAGGAAAGGUUUGUGCACUUGCCCAAUGAGUUAUGAAGUGGAAGGUAGCUGAUAUUGACUUUCCUUGUCGUCGAUACAAAUUUUUAUAUAUUUGUUCAGUGGUACCUUAUUUUAUCUGUGUGUCUUUGGCACAUAUCGCCCCUUUUUGGUGGUAUGUUCGAAUCUGUAACGACAAUGACGCCUCUGCCGAUUAUUCCAGAAAUAACGAAGAAACCAAUAACAAAAUAUUGUAGGUGUCCUUUUUCUGUUCCCUUCAUCCUUUCAUGGUGCAAGAUGAACCAAAAUACAAAUGCUAACUCCGAAAACGCAUGGCAUACAGCAGCACCCUAAUCGUGGCUGACAAAUCUUUCAUAUUUUACUUUAUUAGUACCCGGGAUGCUUCUCUCUGAUGAAGGGCUGCGCAGUGAUGAAGGUACUAAGGGUAAAGAUGGCAAGUCUGGUGUUGAGGAGCUGGUGAAGAACUUCCUUCAAAUUCACGAGUCGUGCAGUGAUAAAGACGCAGCCCCAAGACGCUACAUGACUUUCCUGAAGACUUACAAACGAGUUUAUAACGAGAAGAAGGAUGGAGUGGUGAAACGACAGCAGCAUUUACAGGUAUGAUGGUAUUUGGUUGGCAUUGUAAAUUUAGCCUUAAGUUCUUCAUUUGGAAUCUGCAAUAAUCUCUGCCGUCUCUUUCCUGAUAGACUGUAAUUUAAAGUGUUAAUUAUAUUUCUAUAAAGUGUUUCUAGUAUCGGCGGCUCAUUCUACGUUAAGUUUCAUUAAUAAAGUGAGUGGAAGAUCGAAACAAUGCGGCUCACUUAAAUGCACUAUUUUCUUUACGAUGAAAUACUGACUGAAGCACGCUCGUGGAAUAUCAAAGCUUAUGAAGACUUUAUCAAACAGUGUAGUGUUUUUUUUCGUACUUAUAGGCUGGUGUGUCAAAGCUGACCGAUGCUAAGGCGCUGGUGGAUGAUCUGAAACAGAAGGCAGGAGAACAGAGCCGACAGUUGGCUGACAAACAGGAAGAGGCUGAUGCAGCGCUCAGGGAAAUAACCGCCAGCAUGCAGGUAAACAUAGACAUGAGUUUGAAUGAAGAAAUGUAAAGCGCGUUUUUCUGUUAAUAAUCAGCCAUUUGUGACAAUAGCGUAAUGGAUAUUUGCAAACUUAAGAUCUAUGAUACGUCUCCUCUUACCAAGAUUUAAAAAUUUGCUUUUUAUUAUCCUCUCAACAAAGCGUGCUAGCGAGUCCAAAAGUGAGAUGGAGACGCUCAAACAAAAACAAGGGGAAGAGUCUCUUAAGCUGGAGAAAAGAAAGAAGGCCAUCGAAAUUGAGUUGUCUGAGAUUGAACCGCUCGUCCAAGAAGCAAAGGAUGCUGUUGGUGACAUUAAACCUGAGUCACUCUCUGAGAUACGCUCCUUACGCAUGCCUCCAGAUGUCAUCCGGGACAUCUUAGAGGCUGUGCAAAGACUGAUGGGGAUUUUUGACACAUCCUGGGUCAGCAUGAAAAGGUAAGAUUAAGAUUGAGAUGUUAGAAGGAUCUUCAAUUUGCCUGUGCGUUUUGUUGUUGUUGUUGUUGUUGUUGUUGUUGUUAUUGUUGUUGUUCCCACCAUUUCUAGUGGUCGCUUAUUCCUCCAAGUCUUAGAUUGGAGUGACUUGACCAAAUCAACAAACGUAAGCUUCCGCAUACUCCAUAAUUGUUUCGAAAAUUUCCAUGUUUCACAUAGCUAACCCCGCCUGAUAAUACUUUAGCGCGACUUAAAUACCAUUAAAGCAAGAAGUGUAAAUUUGUUUUUCUACAGUUUCCUGGCCAAGCGUGGUGUUAAGGAUGAAAUCUGUUCGUUUGAUGCUCGAAAAAUCACUCCUGACAUCAGAGCAAGUGUGGAAGAACUCCUGGAGAAAAAUGCCAACUCAUUUGAUCCGAAGGUGAGAAAAAAUAUAUUUUACCGUGAAAUUACAAAAGUAUUGACAAUUUUCACUCCUGCUACGCUGUAGAGAGUUAGUUAUGCACCUCUCUGAACUUCACUGCUGUUAACUAGCCCAAGCGGGACUUUGUGUUUGCAGGGAUGCGAAGUUUUGAAUUUGAGAAGUUGGCUAUUUUGGAGGUAUUUAGACUGACAAUACAGAGAGAGGAUUAUACUCAAACUUGAGUAUAAGAGUAUUUUACAGUAAACUUUUUAAAUUCUUCAUCCUUCAGAUUGCAAAGAGAGCCAGUGUGGCAGCUGCUCCAUUGGCUGCCUGGGUGGUAGCUAACGUGAAGUUCUCUGUGGUCCUGGAGAAGAUUGAACCGCUAGAAAACGAGCAGGCGCAACUGGAGAAGUAUGUUAUUGAUAUUUCACCCGGACUUUUAUCAAAACAUAGGCCUUGAAAUGUAGAUGGUGCUGAUCUCUGUUUUGAAUGGGGAACUAAAAUGUGUUUCACUCACUCUUUUUGCUGACAACUGUUUUAGGGACAGUAGCUCAAGUAUUUUCUCGUCGAUUUUAUCAUUCACAUCGUAUUCUGACUUAGUUAAAUUGUAGACACCUCUGUGGAAUUCGCGUUGUCAUUGUUCAAUCUUUUUUGAUAGAAAUCUCGCCAAAUCUCAACAAAGGCUGGUGAAGCUUGGCAAUGCCUUGGACAAAGUAGAUAGAGAAGUUGCCGAAAUGCGUAAAAGGUGCUGUAUGCCAAACUAUAUUAUCAGUUAGUGAUAGAUAAAAUAUUGUCCACUCUCUCCUUUUCAAUUUUUUUCCAAGACUUAAUUCUGCUACAGCGCAACUAAUCAUGUUGUAGUGUUUUUUUAACUGAGCUCACGUUUUCAUGUUGUGAAAGUGCUUGUUAUUUCUUAAGUGCUUUCGAUUAAUUGUCGUGAAACAAAACCGACAGUAAUUACAGCAACCUUUCCGAGGAAGAGUUGAAAUCCUAGUGAACCAGAAAAAACGCCCUAAAGCACGACUAAUUGCAAGUGAACAAGUUAUGCUUGCCUAUAGGAUCUUUGGUUUUAUCGACUGAGUUGAUAAUUUAAACAGCCAUCGUAAAGAGUUUCUAAAGCUGAAGCUACGAUGGGCAGUUUACAUUAUCAACUCAGUAGAUAACACCAAAUCAUCUUGUAAAACAUAAUACUAACGCAGCACCACAGUUUCUCGCGAAACGUACACCUUUACUCAGUGGUCCGCAGCAUUACAGUUUAUCCAGAAACUUACACCCUUUAUUAAGUGGUCUGGAGCAUCACAGUUUAUCCAGAAACUUACACUAUUUAUUAAGUGGUCCGCAGCACCACAGUUUCUCCAAAAGCUUACACCUUUAUACCGUAGUCCGCAGCACUACAGUUUCUCCAGAAAUUUACAUCCUUUAUUUGGUGGUGUGCAUCUCCAAAGUUUCUUCAGAAACUUAUACCCUUUAUUCAUUGGUCCGACUUACUUUCAACAUUCAGUUGAUGUAGCAUUGUAAUUAUAAUUGAUCAGGUUCGAGCUGAGGACUCAGGAAGCAACGCAGCUUAAGAUGGAGCUUGACAAAGCGCAGGAGACAAUUCAAGCUGCCGAGACACUUGUUUCUAAACUGGAUGGUGAAUUCAAAAGAUGGUCAGGACAGGUACAGGCACACAAACACUCUAGGAUUAUUCGAAGGAACACAUCCAUUUUGACAAUUUUUGCCUAAGAGCUCGUGCAACGAAAUUGUUCAUUAAUUUUGCUUAAUUUUCUUGCAUUUGCAAAGUAGUAUAGAAGGGGAAAAUAGAACGAAUACUCGAAUCCUUCAAUGCAAAUAUUCCCUUUUUUGGUGGAAAAAUCGCUAAACCAUUUGUCCUUUUCCUUGAUUUUCGCCGCUAGGUCUUGAUGGUGAGUUUGAGCCCGGUGCAAAAAAGCCUUAAAUCAAUCCCAUAGAAAAAGAGGAAAAAAUAACUCUUCUUGAAAAAUUAAAACUAUGAGUUUAGUCUGACAACGGCGAAAGACAACCGGGAAAGGGUCGACCUCCUUGUAAACGGCACUUGUUUCCAUCCUAAAUAGUGCACGUUCUAACAUCACUGGAUCCGUUUUCCGCUCCUGUCGUCUGGUUUCCUUUAAAGCGUUUCAUGCCACGCCGUUACGUACGGAAACGUACGAAGAGAAAUUCAAUGUAAACCAAUGAGAUAAACUAUGAUGCACACCUUGUUUCUAAGGUCCACGAGCUCACCGCUGAACUGGAACAACUUCCAAGGCGGGCUCAGCUGGCUGCUGGAUUUAUCACUUACCUGAGCAGUGCCCCAGAAGACGUGAGGAAGGCCACCAUGUCUAAAUGGUGCGAGGCAGCAGGACUCCAGGGAUUUGACUUCAGAAGGUUCAUGAGUACUGAGAGUGAGCAGCUUGGAUGGAAAGCUGAGGGGCUGCCAUCUGACGACCUCUCCAUGGAGAACGCACUUGUUAUCUUGAAGGUCAGUUGAUAAGCACCUAUCCAUCUUCUUGACUACGAGAUAAAGUUUGUUAUAGGAUUUAAUAACACGUGUUCGGAUUGGUGCACUCGGCAAAUAGGGUGACAGGACUUCGUUUGGUCGAUUUUACGACAAUCACGAUUGUAGAACACGAGCUGUGACUGGAUGACGUUGUUAAGAUGCUUAAAUGAUACGCCAUGAUUUGAUAAAUUUACAGUUUUGAUUCUUUAACAGCCUCUCUGAUAGGCUGAAAUCGAGUCGAGUCUCGAAGGAGUCUUUAUGUCUAUCUCUAUGUAUAGUUAUUUGUCGUUUUAUUGAUUUAUGAAAUCAUUUUUUUUUUGACAGAGUACCAUGAGACCAUUCCUGGUGGAUCCAUCAUGCCGCGCAACAGAGUGGCUCAAAACAAAUCUGAAGGAGCAGAGACUGGAAGUCAUCAACCAACAGGUACAGACCUGCUAAGUCUGUCGUUCUUUCUCUGUUAAGAUUUAAUUUUUGUUUUGGUUGUUAUUGUUUUUUCCGUUUUCUCUGUAAUACGAUGCAUUACUGAUUUGUAUACUUUGUUUCGUACCUUGUCAGGACUCGAAUUUCUCCACUGCCUUGGAACUGGCUGUACGGUUUGGUAAGACGCUUGUCAUUCAGGAAAUGGAUGGCGUGGAACCUGUCUUGUACCCAAUCUUACGCGGAGACUUCAUCAGCCAAGGUGAGAUUAAGUUAUGCAUUUCUACUUCAGCUUAAAUAAAAAAAUCGACCCUUGUUUUGUGUUCUACUUACCUCGCUUUCUUACAAACUAAUCUGGCAUACUUUUGCAUUCUUUUAAUCAGGUCCGCGAUAUGUUGUUCAAAUUGGUGAAAAAGUUAUUGACUAUAACGAGGACUUCAAGUAAGUAUAAUUGUUUGUGACCAAAUAUGUUUCCGUUUUGUUUUUUUUUGUUUUUUUUUUAAUUAAAACUACAGUUUAGAAACCAGAAAAUUAACGCUAUGACAGAUUAUAUUUGUGAACGUUGAAGAGUAGCUGCACGUAAACUGUAAGGAGACGAAUGAGAAAGCUGCAAAAUUUCACGUUUUCUGUGAAUAUAACGAUCUGGGACGAUCUGGAAAGAGGGGAUUCUUUGCCCUGUCUGGGAUUUUACAUUCGUUUUUGAGACCCUUGUGUGAGUAGUCUCACUAGAAGUGACCCCUGUUUGAAUUUUCAGGCUGUUUAUGACUACAAGGAAUCCUAACCCUGAGCUUCCCCCGGACGGGUCUGCUAUCAUCUCUGAAGUGAAUUUCACCACCACACGGGCUGGAUUGACAGGACAGGUACUGAAAUAAAAAUUGAAUAAAACUCUAGGUAUUCUUUUAAGGCUACUUCCUAAAUCAUGUCAAAAGUGGAAACUCUUCUGGUACAAAACAAAUGAUUAAUUAAUCUCUGUAUUUUGGAGCUGAGUGCUUGGAUAUCCAAAUUGACGGUUCUAGAAGGUUUCGUCGUAGAGAAAAGGGACAUUAUAUUUUAUUGUAAAAACUUACCUAUCUCCUAUCUAUAGAACACCAACGAGGCAUGGUGAAGAAAAAGUUGGAACAUCAGAGAUCAGAGAUUUGCAUCUAUGGGAAACUAAUAAUAUAUAGAUAGUCUUCUCUUUUGUUUCAAAAAGAAGGGAAGGGUAACAUAAUGCAACACAUCUUUUGCAACACAAAGCAUUUGCAUCAUUUUUAGCCAUCUUCAUACUCACUCACUGUAACGUGAUUACCAUUUCCACUUUGCCAUUAUCAAAGUUGCUGGGAAUAACCAUCCAACACGAGAAGCCACAACUUGAAGUGCAGAAGACUGAACUGCUGCGGAAAGAAGAAGAACUGAAAGUGCAGUUAGCCGAGCUGGAGGAAUCGUUACUAGAGGUACGCAAAAAUACAGCACAACCAUGAGGACAUCAACUUGAAUCAAUUCUAGUUCCAGUAAAUCGAGGUUUAUCGUAGAAAAACGUGUGGAUAAAAAAUAAACGGUGGUAAAGGAAUUUCAGUUUUAACAGUCCGCCUAUAUCCCAAUAUUAGCCAAUAUCCCCCCCUUUCAAUAAAUUAUUGCCUAAUAUUCCAUUUCUUAUGGCAGACAUUGGCCAGCGCUGAAGGUAACAUCUUGGAGAACAAAGUUUUGUUGGAGUCAUUGAACAAAACCAAGGCGAGCUCCAUGACUAUUGCAGAGUCACUCCAAGAUGCACACAGAAUACAGACUACGCUGGAUCAGGUGAGUCGCAGCUUGACGUUUGCAAAAUUAAUUUAUUUAGUGCAGACUUUGUUUCAAGAUCAUGAUACGUAUUAAAGCAGGGAGAGUUUUGCAGAACUAUCUCGCGAAAGAAGACACUUGUCAGUCUGAAAAGGUGACUCGAAGUUAAAAAACUCAGAUUCCAUUCUUUUACCGUAGGCGCCCUUAAUAUGGUAGUCUUUCAAAUUCUGUAAACCCAGUAACAAAUUUCAGAUUGUCUCCGAUUUAUAUCGUUUUCAAUUCUUCCUGUUUGAACAUAUUAGGAUCAAUUUUAUUAAUGACUGAUGCCAUUGUCUGUUACCUUGUAUGGUAGUUUCAUUCACGUGCUUUGUUUCCUUUUUUAUGUGACAGGAGCGUGACGCAUACUUACCUCUAGCUGAGAGUGGCAGUACCCUGUUCUUUGUCAUCAGCGACCUGGCCAAGCUGAACAACAUGUAUCGCUUUAGUCUGAGUGCUUUCCUGAGGCUUUUCCAACGAUCGCUGGAAACAAAACAGGUAAAAAACCAAGUACGGUUUGUUUUUCCGUCGAUGUACAGCCGUGGCAAGGAAAUCUUAACGAAAUCAUUGUUAAAUAUUCAGUUGGGUGACAUCACCAAAGUACAUCGCGUUUCACAGAGAAUCCUAAAUCUUAAGGUUUUUCAAGCGAGUAAAAGUAAUUAACAAUUUUUCGCAGCAGGCGCACCCCUUAUUGAUGCAUUUUAAGGUUCACCGUCCCUUCAACGGAGCCGUUUCAGCCAAGUUCAUGACCUUAACAAAGUAAAGCCUUUGACACAAGUUUCAUUUUAACAUUUUGGAUAAUAUUGUUUUUCCUGUUAGGAAUCUAGUAGCACAGAACAAAGGAUUAAAUCACUACGAAGUUCCCUGCAGUCACUGGUCUACGAAUAUGUUUGUAGGUCUCUUUUCAAGGUAAGGUGACAACAAGAUGCGACCUUUCCAGCCUCUUUCACAACAAUUCACUCGUUACUUUCGCCUUUAAAAAUUGAGAAAUUGAGUCUUAUUUGUUCCCAUUCAGGCCGACAGGUUGAUGUUUGCCUUACAUUUAGUACACGGAAUGCAUCCAGAACUGUUUGAGGCACAGGUAAUCAACUGCAGCACGACGAUAUAUUUGGCUCUUUAUUUUGAUAGUCAAGUUUCAAAUUUUGUUAUUAGUUUAUGGUUAUCCAUGAACUCUUUGUUUGUUAACAUUCGGCAUCACGUAUAAGUCUCAUUUUAGAGUAGAUUUUGACACCGUUUUGACUUCCUUGGUGCAUUAGAAACUGCUUUUCGCUCUUUACCUGGGGGGCGGGAGGAUUUAGCGUUGUCAACUACGUUAAAAUCUCGUAGGGAAGUCUCGCUUUAGGUGGUAUCUCGGCUUGGCGCAGCCACUGUGUAGAGCAGAUGCAAUCAAACAGUGAUCAGUCUCGUUAUGAUGCUGCACUAAUGACCAAUGAGUACUUCUGCCUUUUACUAUUUUCCUCUUUACAAGGGUUAUCUCAGUCUUUGUCCAAUGAACUAAAUUGUUUUAUUCUCUAAUCAGGAAUGGGAAUAUUUCACUGGUUUGCUGGUUUCAGAUAGCGUGUUUAAAAGACAGGUAGGCUUAAAAACUCUGUGGUAAAAAAGGAAAAAAAAAAUAUAUAUAUAUAUAUUGUCAUUAGGUGUAGAGAUUUCAAUCAAUAUGUAAGAGUGAUCCAUAAUGAAAAAGAAAGGAAAACAACAAAAUCGCCCGAGAAUGUCCUGAUGCUUUUCGGUUUGUUAUCACAUAUACUGAGUUGCCUUUGCGGAAAUCUGAAGGCUUUUUCACUCGAUCGCUUACUUGUUUGAGCGUGGAACGUGUUGGCCGUUACAGUGUUUAAAGGUGCCAAACUAAAAGCGUUUGCAUUUCGUCCUUGAAAAACUUUACAGCGAAAUUAAACAGAAGAUGGAAAGAAACUCCGAGAAAGGUCUCUACUGAAUUUUUCCGGCGAAAUUUUGUUCAUUGUCACUUAAAAUCUUCUUUUGCAGGACUAUUGUACCUUCACCCCAACGAUCACACCACAAAUCUUUUCCAAAUCUGUAAACAAACUUUUUUUAUCGUGUCGAAUGGUAGAAAUUGUCAACACUACCUUUCUUUUUGUCUUUCGCAACAAGUAUUUUUGCUCUAAAUUGUUUCGUUCUAAAUUUUUUUCCGCAGGAAUCCAUGAAGAACCUCCGAGACAGUCUUCCGUCAUGGAUCGAUUCUGAUCGUGCUGCUGCUGUAGGAUCACUCAAGGUUCGCUUUAAAUUUAGGAUACAAAGUUACAUGUUAAUUGCACUUUCCCCUCAUGGCAAUCUUUAAGAGAUGCCAAAAACAUUGACGCGUGGUUUACCCAUAAACCAAGUCUAGAGAUUUUCAUUUGAGUAACGCAAAAUCAAAAUAGCCAAUACGCCCAAUACGAAAUCUAAAGAGCCAAUGGGAAUUCAAAAUAAAAACAUAGUGAAGAACUUGAAGAGUUGGAAAUCGCGCCAGACUGAGAUGAGACCGGCUUGAGCCUUGCAUCUGAUUGGUGAAAACAGUGGCGCGAGUUCAAUAGACAGAUAACAAAACUAGCUGAAACAAAAUGGCUACGGUAAACCAAGAUUGAUUUCCACAUGAGAUGAAAGCUACUCUAUACCAAAUAUUCUCAAAAUACCCGGCAAUCGCAUGAUAUCAACGGAGCUGUCAAUCUCCCAAGAUCAAUCCCACACCAUAGAGACAAGAAACCAUCGUCUGAUCAUAGCGGACAAGGUCUUUGGAUUUAUGCUUUGUUUCAACAUACAUUCAUGGGUAAAGGUACAAAUUUAAGCCAUGUUUUUGUUUGUUUUCGUAGAACACCUUUCCAAACUUGUGUAAGACUCUUCAGCUGGACAGCUCAGACUUGUGGAUGCCGUUUCAGCGUAGUUCCCAGUGUGAGCAAGACAUCCCUCCCGCUGUGGCCAAGAAGAUCAGCCUCUUUCAGCAGGUUAGAACACUCGCAAAGCGUUUGAAGAUAAUUCUUCUGUUUGAUCUCUUUCCAUGCAUGUUUGGAGAUGAUAUGACGGCCUGACAGAAGCCUGAAUUCUGUUCUUGUGAAUGAACUUGUGUGAAAAUACUUUCCAAGGGGUGCGUGGGCAAACGAUAUCCUCGGACCUGUAGCUUCAUUACCAUUUCCGUUUUCUGUUGUCAUGCGACAUAAAAAGACAAAAAGCAUCGAAACCCUACCGCUUUUUCGUAUAUUUCUUCGGUGUGUGCUCCGCUUCUUUCACAUACUAUUUCAGCCUUAACAGAAAUUCAACUGAAAUUCGUUUCACGGAUGAUCGUUUGUGAUUUUCUGUGUUAUAUACAGGUGUUGAUUGUCCAAGCUUUCAGACCGGACCGUUUGCAGAGUGCGAUGAGUCUUUUUGCUUCAAAGGCACUGGGUAAGAUUAUAUUUAUGAAAACACUUCAGAAACAUGUUCCGUAGACUUUUCAACCACCCUUCCAGGUGUUCUUCCUUUGAGAGAUUCCCAAACUUUUGUUGUAUAGAAAUUUCCAGGUUGGUCGUGCUUAUGAAUAUAUCAUUGUCUUACUGCCCGAGUUCUGUCAACCAACAUAGAGAGUACGAUCAUUGAAGGGGAGCCCGUGAUCUCGACCCAGAUAAGCUGCCUUCUAAAGAUUCUGAAACUAGGAAAAACCGCGAAAAACAUAAUCGCUGACGUUUUACUGUAUGAAAGAGUGAAAUUAGAAUUAACAAUUUAUUUAUGGAUCAUAAUAUAUCGUCUCCUCUCAUCCAUAGGAAUGAAAGAGCUGUCCCCUCCAGCCCUGAACCUCAAAAGGCUUGUAAAGGAAACAGUUCCAGGAGAACCGAUCUUGAUUGUGAUCUCGCCUGGAGCAGACCCCUCUCAGGUAAGUUUACACUUUGGCAACCAGCUUGUUCUUUUAAAGACACUAUGUUGUGCCUUGAAAAAAUGGUGAUCAUUGUUGAUGCCUGAGAAAAACACUAUUAGUUGUUGUCACAAUUUUUCUCCAUUCGUUUUCGUUUUUGUACCUACAUUUACAAAGCUUAAAAACUUGUUCUAUCGCGAACUUUAAUGGCAUGAUUUUGUGAGCGAGGGAGUCGUUGGAUUCCUUGAGCACCCACGACCAAGGCAGAGGUGGAGACGGAAUAGGAUUUGUCAAUUGUCAGAAAAUGUCCAAUUUAUUCCAAUUCCGUGCUCAUUAUCAGUUGAAAACUGUUUUGUCGGGGUCUUAUGGAGACCUUAGCGUGGAGGAACAAACCAAUUGCUAGUUCUCGGGCCCACCGUGUAAAAUCAGAUGCGUGCGACUCCGGAAUCUAAUUUUUUCUAGAUCUUAGGCGACGAAGUCAUUCUGAGUGGCAUGGGAAUUUUGGCUUUCCAUCCGUUAGUUUCAUUUUUUACCUAUGAGAUCAUAUUGUUCUACGCUUCUGAUUCAGAUAUCGACUUAGUCCUUAGUAUAAACCAGGCAUAGUAGUAGUCUGUUUGGAUGACGCCUUCUUUUUCUUAGGAAUUACAAGAUACGGCUGCUGACGUCAUUGGAGUGGACAAAUACCAUCAGGUGUGUUUUCUGAAACAAAGCGGAAAUCUUCUAUAGUCACUGGAUAUAUUUUGCUUCCUACUGCUAGAAAAAUGUCGUGGCGUUCACAAGGAUUCACACCACAUCGGAUGUGUCGAUUUUUGGUUCUGCGCGUUUUACACGGAAAGAAAUAUCGGCCAUCAAAACUGCAAAAUUUCAUGCCAGCAAAAGUGGUUAUCAGUCCAUGAGUUCGUUGGUGAAUUGACAGUUGUCGUCAUCGUAUUGCGUGUUAAUUUUUUUGUAUUCAAUUUGGAUUUAUUCGUGUGUUCAACCCUUCAUUCAACUUAUUUUUUUACAUUCGAAUUUUGCAGGUGGCCAUGGGUCAGGGCCAAGCGGACAUUGCCCUUCAGCUUCUUCAUGACUGUGGCAGGAAUGGGGAGUGGCUGUGCUUGAAGAACCUCCACCUUGUUACCUCUUGGCUUCCGGUCCUGGAGAAAGUGAGCGCCUUUUCAUUUAAUGUCACCUAGUCGGUGUAAAUAGCGACAGUAACAACAAAGUAUGGCAGAAAAUAGGUGUUUGGUGGAAAUUGUGAUCUUCCGAAGAGUGCCCUAUGACUGUUUUAUUUUUCAAUUGUAAUUUACUGCUCUUUUCUAUUGUUUGUCAUAAUUUGUAUUUUUGUUUGUUUGUUUGUUUGUUUUUUUUUUUUUUUGCUGCUUUUUUUUUUUUUUAUUAUUUAUUUCCGUUAAUUAUUAUACGACGAUACAGACAUGCUCUACUGAGGCUCACGCUUAAAACUUGCGCGCAUAAAAAGAAAGCCCCAAGAUAAUUUAUGAAGAUUACUACAAUAAAAAUUGGUUCACCUGUGGUAUGAUUGGCAUUCUUAAGGAUUUCAUUCGGCUUUACGGGGAACGCGCAUUUACUUAUUUAUUUUUCGAUGCUUUUGUUGUCUGCAAGCAAGUAGUUGAUGUUAUGCUGGCCAAAACUGAUUGUAAUUUGUGAAUUUUGCAGGAAUUGAACUCCCUGGAGCCUCAUGAAAACUUUCGUCUGUGGCUAACAGCUGAGACACAUCCGAAGUUUCCUACAAUCCUUCUGCAAACUAGUCUUAAAGUCACUUACGAGGUUCGUGAUUUUUUACUUGCGCUUUUCCAUAUAGAGUCAAAUUACGAAGGUAAUGUGAAACUUUACAUAAAAAUUUGGAAACAGCUUGGGAUUGAUGUGAGAAUUUGGUCGUUCGCGAGUACGGGUUCGGUGCAUUUAUUGACAAAAAAGACAUCUGCAAAACAGUGCUUUUCACUCGUGGUAAAAUCUGUUUUUGCCCUCUUCCUUUUAACUUUCAACUCUUUGAGUAACUUAUUAGGUUUAAAACUUUUCCUCGCAGGCUCCACCAGGAAUUAAGAAAAAUCUUCAACGAACCUACGACUCAUGGAGUCCGCAGUUUAUCAGUCGUGGCAACUCUUCCAUCAGAGCGCAGGCACUGUUUGUGCUGGCUUGGUUUCAUGCUAUAGUGCAAGAAAGAAGAAACUACAUUCCACAGGUUUGUAAAAUGUUUCUAUUAUCACUCGAGCCUUCGCGGCAAAAAGAUCAGUGGCUGUUAAAGACAUCUAGUACUUUGAGUUAGGUUAAACACCUGUCACAAACAAUAAACGCUGUUCGAGUUUCACUUGAGUCCCAAAUGUUACCUUAAUUUUUCAGGGUUGGACAAAGUUUUAUGAGUUCGCUUUUGGUGACUUGCGCGCGGGAGCUGAUAUCAUCGACAGACUUUGCACAGCUGCCGGUAAGUAAAUAUAAAUUUUGCAACAUCCUUAAUCAAGAAUCAUGCGAAACAAAAGCAAACAAAACAAACAAAUAGCAUUUAAAUAAACAGAGAAGCAGUUCUGCUGUCAGAAUAUAUCGGAGUAAGUGAACCGCAUCACGACGUGGACGUCUAAGAAAACAAUUUCCGUUUUAUAAAAGGCUAAAAAUAACUUUGGUAGAAUCUACAUAUCUCAGCCAACACCCUGAUUUCCCUUCUCUGUCCCAUGUUAACAUCAGAAGUGCGUCCGUUUUUUUCAUCUUCUCCCAGAAUCCCGGUUAAGUUUUUAUGAUGGUAAUGAUCUAUUUGGGUGAACGAACAAUUCCUUCCUUUGUGGUAACACUUUUUUAACUGUUACUGCAACGUGUGUGGUCAGUGCGGUUGUCGACAGUGUUUCUUGGUAGUCGAAAACAGCCACUGAAAACCGCCUGAAAUGCUCUUCUGUAGGUUGGAAUUCUCCACGCGUAGACGAAGGGGUUCAGGCAGCAGUUUACUAGGAUAACUUUGUUUGUUGUAUACAAAAAAAACCGAAAAGUAUCUAUAUAUACGUAUUUUGGGUGAAAAAUAAAUAUAUUUUGAGCAAUAAACUGUGGGGCGAAAGAUGCGUAAAACAAGAUAAGAACUAAGAGAAAUGCGGACACCAUUUUGCAUUCUCUGUUCCUGUGGGCCAUGCCCAUGUGCUGUCUUCGUUCGCAAUCAGCUACAUCUUGCACCUGAUUAUUGUGUAGGCGAAGCGCGCGGAAUGUUUUCCAGUAUACCAUAGGCAAGAUGAUCAGGGGAACUGAAACAUGAAGAUGGCAGUACAAGAGAACGAAUGUAGAUGUCGCUACCCCCAUCAACGGAAGACAGGCGAAUAACAGGGAAUAAAUCCAGAUAAACGCCAUUGCUACUUUUAUCUUUGUUUUUGUCACCAAGACUUUGUACUGAAGAGGAGACGAAACCAUGAACAAACGGUCAAAAGACAUCGCAGUAAUCGUGCCAGAAGAAACGAUAUUAGUCACAACAGCGGAAAUAGUUAAGAAACGCUGGAUACCUACAAGAUUUGCUCUUCUCUGGCCUCUUAAAAUAGAGAUGUCAUAAUAAAGGCUCCCGUAUCCAGGCACAAGACCAGCCAGUAGAUCGCACAUGCUUAGGUUGACCACCAAGAGAGUUGCAGGCGUUUGCCAAAUCCUCUGACUCGCGUUUGUACUUCGAGAGAUGGUGAUCAGUAACAAGACAUUUGAGAGGACGGCUGGUGUGGCCAACAUGAUGCUUAGAAUAGUUUGUGAGAAGAAGAAAUGGUCGUCAUCUAAUGCUGCCUUCGAGUUGGACAUCUUUAAAAUAUGAACUAAACUUGAAUUUUCUUUUUUACUUACGUAGCGGAAACGAAUAAAUAAGAACCGAAACACUUUAGUGACGUUGGUCUUAAAUUAUAAAGCCUAUUUCAGCUGUGAUAAUAAAGUUAUUAUCAACACCACUUAUUCGCAUGGGCAAAACUAAAACGGUGUUCGUGACUUAAUUAUCGUUUGUCACCUUAAAGAGGCGUGCUAAAACAAUUCAUGAAUAUUUUGGAAAUUCUGUUACUUUUUUUUUUAAUAAGCGGUAAAAACGAGGUAUGGCAAAAAAUGUUCAUCUCGAGUUCUGACAUUAUGUAAAUGUAUCAGGGACAAUGUUUACAAAUCCCUAGUCUCGUAAGGGAUUACAGUAGAAGUUUCCUUAAGACUAAGGCUGUGAAAACAAACAUUUGCAGAUACCGUAAAGAAAAAAAAGCGAUUUUCCACACUUUGUUUACAGUCAAAGUAAGAUAACGACGUUGACUGACAACUCUGAGAAAAAAGAAAAAAGACAAAAGACAGCUGAGAAAACAAGACAUUUCAGUUGCAGUUGCAGUGGAGAUGAGGAAGGCGUCUUUCACGCAUCUUUCACGCAUCUUUCACAUAUCUGAUAACGCUCUUUUCUCUCCUGUCUCUUGAUGACGUAAAGAAGUAAAGAAAAGAACAGACUCGAUUAAAAAUUUAAUUAAAUGGAAGAAAGUAAAAUAGGAUUAGAUAAAACAAGUGACUUUAUUUUAGAAACUGGAAUCUCGAGACCGCGUUCGGUUGGUGUUUCUGUGCAAGGUUACGGUCGUCUGUGAUUUUGAUCGCACAGCUUUUUUAUCGAAAUGGAGUGGAACACGUUUAAACAUUUUAGUUUCAUUUUGAACCUUUGGUAGAGUUAUACGAUUUGAUUCACGAGUUGAGAAGUAGAAUAAAAUACAGUAGAGACAGAUCUCGGAAGCUAAGAAGCUUAGAUUUUAAUAUCAUCCUGCAACAUACCACGCGAUAACACCUCUUACGUGCGCUUAUUGUUGAUGGUAUCUUUUUUUUCAUUUAAAUGAACAGUCGUUCCCGACGAUUGGCUGAAUUUUUGACAUUUCUUGUUUGUUUUUUAGGUUCAGGGUCUGUUCGAUGGAAGUUUGUUCACGGUUUAUUUGAAAAUGCCAUUUACGGGGGUCGCGUUGACAACACGUUUGACGCCAAGGUUCUUCAAUCUUAUCUGCUGCAGUAUUUUGAACAAGCUGUCUUUCCAGGCCAGGUGAGAUGACUGCCACUUUUCUUGAAAUCAAACUUGUUAGUAGGUACUACUGUGCCCUGCAAUCUUUGCGCGGUCAGAAUGGACGAUUAAUUGCAGGGUUUAGGAAAGUACCUCCGUGAAGAAUAAUCCGCGAACGGCUUCCCCCUUUUGUAGCGCAGUGUAUGUAGAUUCAAUGAAUUACAAGAAAAGCUUCUGAGCUCUACUGUUACGUUGUCGGCGAACGACAAAAUCAAUUCAGAUUUUGUCCACUCCUUCUCUAAUCCUGAAGAUUAAAUCCUUCAGGAAAAGAGGGCAAGAUGUAGCAUUAAGAGUAAAUGAAGUUUUUUUUUCAGAAAGAGAAAAUGGCUAAAUUGUGCGGCAUUUUCAUCAGCUAUUUUCCGUAAAAUUCAUGGAUAUACUGAUUGGAACUUGCGAUAGACUAGUAUUCCAUCCGAGGGCAAGAUGUAGCAUUAAGAUUAAAUGAAGUUUUUUUUUCAGAAAGAGCAAAUGGCUAAAUUGUGCGGCAUUUUCAUCUGCUAUUUUCCGUAAAAUUCAUGGAUAUACUGAUUGGAACUUGCGAUAGACUAGUAUUCCAUCCGAGGAGAGGCACGAUUCUCCCACUUUCUUCUUGCUUAUGGAAAACGAUAUAAGGUGUUUAUGACACUCAUAAAACUUUUUGCUAUUUUUUUUAGGGAGGAAGCCGAUCCAAAGCUAAGAAAGUGAUUCCAAAUGUGACUCUGCCGACAUCUUGUCAUCACAGGGUGAGAAGUUUAUUUGUUUUAGUAGUAUCCAUCGGUACAAGUUGUAAUGAUUUGUGAAGAAGAUUGAUGGUAGUUCACUUUCCACAACUUUGACCGACUGGAUAAAGAUUUGAAAGUGGUUUGUAUGUUUUUUAGGAUUAUUUGGAGAUUAUUAACUCGCUUCCCGACGAUGAUAAGCCGUCCUUCUUUGGACUACCAGCAAACAUCGAGCGAUCUUCGCAGAGAAUAAUCAGCUCUCAGGUAAGGCACACAGUUAGCUUGGGUCUUUCUUUGUAAGUUGGUCGCAUCUUUUACGUUACCUUUAUUAUCAAAUAACCGUUUCAGCUGGGUGAGAACAUGGUGAGAACGCUGGAAUCAAGAGUUCAGUACCUGUCGUAUUUCUGUCUUCAGCUUGAAAAAAUAGGGUAGCCUUUGUAUCAUUUCGAUGAUCUAGAAGGUCACCUUAGGGGGUAGGAGUUGUAUUGAACUGAAGAUGCUUUGAUAAUCAGCAUUACACACGAGCUUUGCGCGCUAGCGUGGCUGUCAGCGAACUAACCCUCUCUUCUUUGUUAUGAUUCCUCAGGUGAUAGGUCAGCUCAAAGUGUUGAUGCGCUCCAACCUGGAGGCGAGCAAGUUUGACAAAGAAAAGUGGUCCACUGAGCUGUCGCCGAUCUUGAACUUGUGGAAGAAACUCAACCAGGUAUCCUUGGGUAACUCCGCUCCUUUCCUAUCCCUUGUACAAUGUGAUUUUUCAUGUGAGUUUAUUGAUCUCAGUUCGUGUGAGAGGGAACAUUGUCAAUGCCCUGCCUGAAAGCCCUGUCCUCGUAUUUACUCUAUUUGCUGAUCGCCAUUUUGUGGUCGCAGGGCUCCCAACUGAUUCAGAUGAAAAUCUCGGCACCAACGGAGACUGGUGAGGAAUCUCCAGUGACGUCAUUCGUGCAACUUGAGCGUUACAAUGCAAUCCGAUUGGUACAAAUCGUGCACGCGUCUCUCUCCUCCCUCAGUAAGGUCAUCCGAGGAACGGCAUUGCUGGAUGCUGAUGUUCAGGCUUUAGCGGGGGCUUUACUCAAACAAGAGGUGAAUUUACUUCAAAUCUUUAAGGAAGACACAUCCAGCAACAGUAACAACAGCAAAUAUAUAUUUCAAGAACGAGAGAACAUCGGAAAACCUCAAAUCGCAAAAGUUAAAAAUACGGCGUAUAUACCAGAAUAGAAAAUGAAUCUAAGAAUUUAGGACAAAAAAAAAACUGAAGUUUUGCUUCCCUAGAAAGUCUUGAUAACUACUACUAAAAGACAGUCGCACCCUUUAAGUCAAUCUUUGGUGAUAUGUUAUCAGAAUAAGAGUUUAGACUCCGUUAUUAUGACUGAAUAGUCCACUUGAAAUCGUUUGGACUACAGCCUCCCACUUGAUCCAGUUCAAGAAAGUUUAUAACUUGGACGGGAAGUGUGGAAGAAAGCCUUAACCUUUCGUAGGUCGUGAUCAAACACAUUGAGUGUCUUAUAUGCGUACAUAAAAUUUUCAGGUUAUUCAUGGAAAUCAGUGCUUUUUAACAUAGGUCUCAAUUGACUAAUCUCUGCUGUUUGCAUAUGUAGGUCCCUCUCUCUUGGAGCAAUCGUUUCGAGGGCCCCGAGGACCCUAUUCAGUGGUUGAGGUCCCUAGUUGCAAAGUCCCUAGCACUAGGCUCCUGGGUUGAGAAGUGUAGCUCAGAUUCCUUGUUAAGGGACGUGUUGGACCUCUCAGACCUUUUCCAUCCAGAUACGUUCCUCAAUGCCCUACGUCAGCAAACAGCACGGUAAGAGAAUAUAUGUCGCUGCUUUUAUCACUCUGUGUCCAAUUUUAAUAGCAUUUAUAUCAUUCAAGUCAAAAGCGCCAGUUUUUAGAGGCAAAAUUUCGCUUAGAGUGUUUGGCGAUGGCCGCCCAAGGAGCCCUGGCACUGUUCUUUCCGAAAUCGUUGAGUUGUACUCCUGGAUAAAACCCGUGUCUGUAUGGAUUUCUUUCCAUCAAUAAGCGUGAGCAGGCGGCCACCGUAAACCCACAAAAAACCAAUAAACCCUCCAAAGGCGGGCACCUCAUAAGAGGUGCAAUUAGUAUUGCUUGAGUUGGUCAUCUAUGGGAGGUAUUUAGAGGGAGUUUAACAUAUUUUCCGGUGGAAGAGCAGUCCACUUACGAGAAUCUCUUUGAAGAAAGCUUUGACUGUUUUAACUUUGAGAAAAUCGCCUUGCCGCUCUUACCUUCCGUAGGAAUUUUGCAUCCAAGUAAGAAGCUAGAAAGAAGUACUGAAGCCCAAGCUCUCCUCAAGAGGAUGUAAACGAUUAGCAUUAUUGCUAUUUUCAAAUCCUAACUUCCAUAUGUAAUUUUUUUUAGAGCGAUGAAAACGUCCAUCGACAGUUUGAAACUUGCUGUGUCUUGGAAGGGAUCGCAGAUACCUGGAGCCAAGUUUACAGUCAAGGUUUGUACCUGCCAGUAACUGUUUAUGGAGGAAGGGGCUAUUUUUCUCAAUAGAUACAACAUUUUCACUUGAUGUAAUAUGUUUGGAGCUCUGCGCCCUGUACAAAUUUUUCUUUUUUUUUUAGAACCUUAUUGGGCUACAUAACUGCGUAAGUGGCUUGUAGUGCAGCCUGAAAACCUUUUAACAUUUAGGUCUGUUCUCCACUUAAAAAUGUUUGAAUACCCACGUUGUUUUCUCUCUAAUUAGCUCGGUGGUCUUCAGUUGGAAGGUUGUAGCUUUGACGGUAAUACACUGACAGAAAAUCAGCGAGACUCGCCCAGUGUUUCAGCGAUCCCCACUGCUGAGGUGGCCUGGGUGCCAAAGGUACGUCGUUUAUAUAUAGCGGUGAUCGCUAACAGAUUGGUUCUCUCUCCCUAUAAUAUCCGCUUCACUCUUCUCGAAUGUACACAGGCAACCAUAAAAUACACGUUAGAAAAUGGAAGGCUAGAGUUGGACUUUUGCUUGUGUUAUCUCAGGUUUAAAGUUGGCUAUGUGUUAUCCCGCUUGAGCAACGCACCACUCUUUGUCUGCGUUUGCUCAGGAAGAGCUUAUCGUUAAUGUACACAGUAUAGGAAACAUGCUAAUCGCUCCCGGAUAAGUAGCUGUGAAAGCAAAUUUAGUAUUCCAAUCUGACAAUCUGAAGUACCAAAUAGUCACUAUUACUACUGUGUAAUUUAUUUGUUAUUUUUGACAAUAAGGAUACCGCUGACCCUUAUCCAGAGAUCGAAUGCAUUUCGAUCCCAAUCUACUACAGUGCUGACCGGGACAAGACAGUCACGUGUUUCAACAUGCCGUGUGGCGGUAACCAGAGCAGGUGGACCCAGUGUGGCGCGGCACUUUUUUUAAAGAGUCAGUAAAAUGAUCUGGACACUAGAGUUGUACUUA